AUGGACGUGCUAUUCAGACUACUGAACAUGUCGAUGUCGGGGUCCGAGACGACGAGGCGUCUAGGGGAAGAGGGCGAAUCGAUCCUUGUGGCGCCAACGACUUCAACAAUGCAUGUGUUCCCGACGAGCCGCACCCGUUUCGGCGAGAGCUCGACCUCAGAGGAACCGCCUGUGUCCAACAUAUGUACAAACUGCGGCGUAGAUGCACUGGAUUUGUGUGCGUGCCCGUGCGGCCAGGCGACAUACUGCAGCACCGAGUGCCAGUGGGUUCACUGGUCUGUACACAGGCAGGUGUGUUGGCAUGGGCGCAAGGGCCGCCACAUGCCAUUGCUUUCGUGCUACUACUGCUCCCGCAAGUCGUACACACUGCGGCAGUGUCCCUGCGGCCUCGCUGUUUACUGCGACAGAGACUGCCAGAUCGCAGACUGGCCGCGACACAGGGCCACCUGCGCACGCUCGGGGCCACUUAAGAAACCGCUGCACGUUCAACACCGCACUGACGUUGCGGUUCAAACCGAGAGUGUCUCAGGCGAGUUGGAGGGUACGGCUCAGAUAAAGGCAUUGACACCGCGACGUGGUACAAAUGUUCGAUUCGCCCCCAUGGUUGCUGGACAUAGAGUCGAGUGGAACGGCAAUCCUUUAGAAGGUAAGGACUUCUCUUCUGUCACUGUCGGUGGAAGCAGCAGCACCACAAACCCGGUUUGGCGCCCCUCCGAGGCGCGGGGUGGGUUGUGGAAGGGCUUCCGUGACGCCGCCGCGCAGCAGGCCAGCCGCACCAUGCAGCAAGAGACGGGAUUUAUCGACUUUGAUUGCGUAGACUGCGAGAGUGAAGCCAGCACAUCGUCAGACAAGGACAAUAUCCAGACCAACGACGACUCGGGACGUUUCAGAGAAGAUCCAGCGCACAAACGUUCAACGGUGGAGUUGCAAUACCCUUUGAAAGGAUUUAAGGGCAGCAGUUCGCUCCACAACCCACUCGAACUACCAGUGGGCGAUAACCCGCUGAUUACAGUCCCCAUUCGCACAACUUUUGACACGCUUCCCGGUCUGGCUAGUUAUCUUGCGAACCAAAAUAAGGACAGCGGCAUUAUCGUCGUGUUGGCAUCGUUUGCUAAUUCCAUCGCCGAGGAGACGGCGGCGCGGCGUAUGAUUAGCAAUGAGAGCAAACGGGAGCAUGCGGAACUAAUGCGGCGGUUUGUGUUGGGACGGGUGCGCAUCGCCCUCUCGGAGAUGAGCACGCAAGAAGAAAGAGAACGGAAGAAUAUUUUGACAGAUAGUAUUCUGUGGCGCCGCAAAACGGCGUACCCUGCGUACAAGGAGCUGCAGAAACUGCUGGGGCUGCACCACUACCACCAGUGA